CUCGCCCUGUGAGAAUGUAUACGUAUUGUAAUUUGUUAGUUUUUUUCUGUGUACACUUGCUUUAUUUAAGAUGCACAGUUUGUACAAAGAAUGAGCUGAUAGUAACAGUGAAGCAAGGGAAGCUACAGGGUGCUACAGACACGCUGUAUGAUGGAUCAACUUACUACAGUUUCAAGGCUAUCCCGUAUGCCCAGGCACCACUGGGGCAGCUGAGGUUCAGGGCUCCCCUGCCACCAAAAUCCUGGAAAGGCACACGCCAAGCGACCGAAUAUGGUUCCAUUUGCGCGCAAACAGACUCCGUCUUCAAAGGCAGCGAAAACUGCUUGUUCCUCAACGUCUUCACGAAAUCCCUCCAUGGUCGCACACCUGUCAUGAUCUACAUCCACGGAGGAUCCUACAUAACCGGAUCUGGAAACGAUGACCUAUAUGGACCAAAGUUUCUCGUUCAACAUGUUGUCCUGGUCACUUUGAACUACAGACUUGAAGUGCUUGGAUUCUUAAGUGUGGAAACCCCUGAGGUUCCUGGCAAUGCGGGUAUGAAGGACCAAGUCGCUGCGUUGAAGUGGAUAAAGGAAAAUAUUGCAAAGUUUGGAGGAGAUCCCGAUAAUAUUACGAUUUUUGGGGAGAGUGUCGGGGCUUGCUCAGUGACACAUCAUAUUUCGUCGCCGAUGACUAGAGGACUAUUUCAUAAAGUUAUCGCACAAAGUGGUACUAGUAUCCAUGAUUGGGCGUUAGGUGAAGGCAGCAAGAGCAGGGCAUUCAGAGUUGGAAAAUAUUUAGGAAGAGACACGAAAAAUACCACUGAGCUGCUUGAGUUUUUAAGAUCUCUACCAGCAGCGAACCUAACUAACUUGACAAUUGCUACGAGUACGGACGAUGAGAUGUAUAGAGGAUUGCCUGGGCGAUUUUUGCCAGUUGUCGAAAAGAAAUUUGAUAAUGUCGAAGCGUUUCUAAGUGACUAUCCUUUAAAUACACUUCAGUCGAAAAGAAUUCGUAAAUUUCCAUUGGUGUUAGGAUAUAACUCCGCUGAAGCCAUUACGGCGAUCAAAGAUAGAUUAGGAAAGUUAGACAUUUACAAUAACAAUCCCUCCUACGAUGUGCCUAGAGAAAUCGCUGAGAAACUAACCCAAGAAAAAAUGAAUGAUAUGGGUAAAAGGAUUAGAAAGUUCUAUAUUGGUGACAGAGAGUACACAAAAGAUGAUUAUAAGGUGAUUGUCACUAUGUUGUCUGACUUGCAUUUAGUGUAUAACACGCACAGAUUUACCUACUUGUAUUCUAAACACAACAGUCCCAUUUAUAUGUACAGGUUCAGUUUCGACACUGACCUUAAUUUUGUAAAGAAAUUAAUACUAGGUAAUUUGGAUUUGGAUUUGAAAGGAGCCUGCCAUGGAGACGACGUAUUUUAUAUGUUUUCUAGUAAUUAUACUAAAGAUGCUUACGAAUCGCAACAAAAAUUGAAGGAUUACGUAUCGAAGGUGACUAAAUUAUGGACGGAUUUUGCUAAAACGAGCAACCCAACUCCAGACUACUGCGCUGCACCAAGAUGGCCGGUAUACACGACGAAGAACAAGGGAUACCUAGACAUCAACGUACAAUCGACAGCGGGAAGCUUCGCUGAGAAGCAGAGCGUAGAGUUCUGGGACACACUGUACUGCGAGACUGGCUUGCCUUGCAUAAAAAAUAACUAA